CGAAAACUCACGUGGUUUUGUUUGCCUUCGUUGUCGCCGUCAAUUCAAAUUGCCGCACGCUGGUGUCCUUCACACCAUCAUGCCAAAGAUUCGGACUACGCGAACCAAGAAGCCCCCAGAGGGUUACGAAGAAAUCGAAGUGGUUCUCGAUGAUUACGCAAAGAAAAUGCGGGACGCCGAAAACGAAACUCAUGAAGGCAAACGGAGAGCCGAGUCACUAUGGCCUAUCAUGCGUAUCUCUCAUACUCGUUCUCGAUACAUCUACGAACUUUAUUACAAACGAGAAGCUAUCUCCAAGGAACUCUAUGAUUGGUUACUGAAGGAGGGUUAUGCUGACGCCAAUCUGAUUGCCAAGUGGAAGAAAACUGGCUACGAAAAGCUAUGCUGUAUCCGGUGUAUUCAGACAAGGGAUAUGAACUACCAAGGUUCAACUUGCAUAUGCAGGGUCCCAAAGGCGCAAGUUCGAUCAGGCACUAUUGUAGAAUGUGUGCAUUGUGGAUGUCGUGGUUGUAGUUCGGAUUCAUAGUUCAUUGAUUUCUUUACUGCUUCAUUACUUAUUUUCCUGUUACCCAUGUAAAGUUUGUAAUAGAGGUUGUAUCAUAUCACUUGAAUGUGUUUCGUAAUGCCGCCAUCACAAGAUGUUGAUGUUUUCUUGAUGCGGUAGAAUGUCACAUUGGUAUGUCAGGC